GUCGGGGUCUUGCGGCUCCCACUCGGUGUGACGCUUCUCAGGCAGUAAACAGCGCUCGAGUUAGGCGGAGUGGCUCAGACAAGCUGAAGGGAGAGAGAGAGAGAGCGCGCGAGCGAGCGAGAAUAAGAGAAGCGGAGAGGGGGCUUAUUUUAAAAGAGGACUCGGACGACAAGCCUCACAUGCCAUUACCGAGACGGAGGAGCGUACGGCGUCUCCUGGGUCUGAAGUGCAAUGGCAAGAAAGAGUGAAACCCCUGUCGCUUCGUUCUACGGUGAACCUCGCAAGUUUGAUCCAGCAUUUAAAGGGCCUAUCCAUAACAGGCACUGCACAGAUGUUGUCUGCUGUGUGAUCUUUGUCAUUGUCAUUCUUGGCUAUAUUGCACUUGGAACUGUGGCUUGGAUACAUGGAGACCCAAGAAAAGUGGCUUAUCCUACCGACAGCUAUGGACAGUUCUGCGGGCAGCAUGGAACUCCUAAUGCGAACAAAACCCUUUUGUUCUACUUCAAUAUUCUCAAAUGUGCCAGUCCAGCAGUUCUUAUUAAACUACAAUGCCCUACAACUCAGCUUUGUGUCUCCAAAUGCCCGGAUAGAUUUGCAACCUACAUUGACAUGCAGUACUCUUACAGGUCUAACAAAAGCUACUGGGAAUAUUAUCGACAGUUCUGCAAGCCUGGAUUUAACAAUCCCAGAAAGUCUGUAUCAGAAAUUUUACGAGAUGAAGAUUGCCCUUCGAUGAUUGUUCCUAGCAGACCUUUUUUUCAAAGGUGCUUUCCGGAUUUUACCACCAGAAAUGGAAUAUUGACUGUUGCCAACAAAACAACCUUUAAAGAUGGAAAAGGUAAAACAAGAAAUGUGACAGAGCUCAGACAGGCUGCAAACCAUGUUGCUACUAUUCAGCAAGGAGGCAAAAGUGGUAUCAAUGGGGUUCUUGAUGGAAGAGAAGUAGGAAUGAAGAUAUUUGAGGACUAUGCCAACUCCUGGCACUGGAUUUUAAUUGGGCUGGUGAUUGCCAUGUUGGUGAGCCUUGUGUUUAUCUUGAUUCUUCGAUUCACAGCGGGGGUUCUUCUUUGGCUCAUUAUCUUCGGGGUUAUUGGAGUUAUCGGCUAUGGCAUUUGGCACUGCUACUGGGAAUUCAGCACUCUGAGAGGAAGGCCUGGAGCAGAUGUUACCAUCUCAGACAUUGGGUUCCAGACAGAUUUCCGUGUCUACUUGCAGCUUAGUCAAACUUGGCUUAUUUUUAUGAUCUUUCUCUGUAUUACUGAAGCUGUGAUCAUCUUAAUGCUUAUUUUCUUGAGGAACAGAGUACGUAUUGCAAUUGCACUCCUCAAAGAAGGAAGCAGAGCCAUUGGAGAGAUAAUGUCAACCUUGUUCUACCCUAUUAUUACCUUCCUCCUGAUUGCAGUUUGUAUCUCCUACUGGGCUGUCACGGCUGUGUUUUUGGCUUCCUCUGGUGAAUCGGUGUACAAAGUGAUGCCUGCCCAGCCUAAGUGCAUAUAUGCAAAUCUGACUUGUGAUCCUAAUACAUUUAACAAAACAAAUGUGACAAAAGUUUGCCCAGGAUCUCAGUGCACAUUUGCAUUCUAUGGUGGGGAGAGCCUUUACCACAGAUAUAUCCUGGUCCUGCAGAUUUGCAAUGUCUUUGUCUUCCUGUGGCUGGUUAACUUUGCCAUUGCUUUAGGCCAGUGCACUCUGGCUGGGGCCUUUGCAUCAUAUUACUGGGCAUUAAGGAAGCCAGCAGACAUUCCACAGUACCCUCUCUUCUCUUCCUUUGGGAGAGCAAUAAGGUAUCAUACAGGGUCUCUUGCUUUUGGAUCUUUGAUCCUUGCCACUGUGCAGCUGAUCAGAAUUAUUUUGGAAUAUCUGGACCAUAAGCUUAAAGGUGCAGAGAAUGUUUUUGCCAGAUUCUUGUUAUGCUGUCUCAAGUGCUGCUUCUGGUGCUUGGAGCAUUUCAUUAAAUUUAUGAACAGAAAUGCAUACAUAAUGAUUGCAAUAUAUGGCAAAGGUUUCUGCACAUCUGCAAAGGAGGCCUUCUUUUUGUUGAUGAGAAACAUUGUAAGAGUUGCAGUGUUAGAUAAGGUUACCGACUUUCUGCUGUUCCUUGGAAAAGUAUUCAUUGCAGGAAGCGUUGGUGUCCUUGCCUUCUUUUUCUUUACUCGCAGAAUACCUUUUAUACAAGAAGAAGCACCAUCUUUAAACUACUAUUGGGUGCCACUUCUGACUGUAAUAUUUGGCUCUUAUCUCAUUGCCCAUGGAUUUUUCAGUGUCUAUGCAAUGUGUGUUGACACACUGUUCCUCUGUUUCUUAGAAGACGCUGAGAGGAAUGAUGGGUCCGAAGAGAGACCCUUUUAUAUGACUACAUCUCUGAAGAAGAUUCUAAAGAAGCAAAAUCCAAUCCCAUAUUAACUAAGGCCCCCACCCAAUGAUGAAGACGUUACAAGAGCUACUCUUGCUUAACCAAAGUUUAUCAGAAAAGCUCUCUGCGGAUAAGAUGAUGAAGCAACAAGAAAUGUUACUGCAUUGUUCACAUUUCGCACGUGUGCUAUGGUUUAUAUACUGCUCCACUGAUUUUUCACAAAAACAACACGACUCGGUAAGAGUUCAAAAUAUCGUCUAUCUUUCACUAUUAAUCGGUCAUUUAAUUUCAGAUUGAUGGUUUUUCCUUAGUGAGACUGUCCGAUUUUAUAAAACUCAUUUCACUAGGGUGACACCAUUUAUUUCCACAUCUCGAAUUGCUGUUUUCUACAGUUGAUCUUGCCAAAAUGUUUUAUUCACAGUAGCAAAACAUCCAAACAGAAUAUCACAUCAGUUUCUCCAUGGCGUUGGGGAGUGGGUCGUUAUUACUGGAGCACUGGCCAGUGACCACACAAACGUGCCUGCCCAUUAAAGCCAAAUGUGUAUCAUUUACCAUUUUUGACUUCUUUAUAUUCUGUUUUAGUUCCAGCAAAUUCUCAAAUCAUUAUGAAGAUCUUAUAAUAUUAACAUAAUGGAUUUUUAGCAUGUUUAUCCAUUAUCUGAUUUUUCAAUGUAAGUAAUGUCAAACAUGAAAAGUAUUAAAAGUAUUUACUUGUAUCAAGAAAUCAUGAAGGUAUUUAACAUUUUAGAAUAAUCCUAAGUAUUGUAUAGAGAAACGUUUGGCUGGCAAAAUGACCAGAAUUUCCUUUGCAGCUCGGUGUCUGUGUACACCAUGGGUUUCCUUUCACAUCCCCAGUGAUGACCUGCUAUGCACAAGUUCAUGUGUGUGUCCUGGGAUGAUGGCCGGGCUUGGCUUUUCUAAUAUCCCAACAGUGCAACUCCCAUGAGCCGUAAACAGGAGAAGAAAACCGUUCGUUAGAAUGAGCCUCCUAAGAAGGGGACUAGUAUCAAAUAAUGUCAAACGGCCAUCGUGACAGUGCAGGCUUGUAAGGAUAGACAUGCUUCUUAAAAGAAAUAAGUUAGAGGUGAAUUGUAAGGCAUUUCAAAAUAAAUCAAAUGCUUCUUGGAAAAGCUUACAAUUUAAUAACCAUGAUGAAAAAAUUAAAUAGUCUGAUGGACCUCUUGCACUUUUUUUACAGAUGUAUUUACACCACUGUGGGUUGAUUUGUCAAAAAUGAUAAAUUGUUGGAUUCUUUUCAAAAUUCAUUACUUAACUUUUUGCUAGCCAGACUAUUCCUUGUGACAAUAAACUUGUAUCCUCCUCCCCACUUCAUCGGGCUACAUCCUGCUUUUAGAGUGGCUAAAGGUUACGCCUGUAAACAAUCCUCAGGAUUAACUGCACUUGUUUCUUCUCGACUGCUUGUUGCUGAAAGUUUCGUAUAAAGCAGCACAGUUUUUUUUCAUGAACUGCAGGAGAUGAGUGUCAAAUUGUGCUUGUCAUUUACUGACCAAACCUUAAACCAGUGAGUGACUGCCAAACCGAGCAGAAUAGAUGCAGCCGCAUGACCUCCACAAGCACAUGAGCAGACGCUGCUGCUGCUGCCGCCACUGGCAGGCUGUUUAAAGUGUAGGAGCAGAAAAACUGGGCUUGAGGUUCUGUAACCGACUGGCUCAGCGUGGCCCUCCAUUGUCACAACCACCAUCAGCAGCACGAGUGCCCAGCAGGUUUUUCCUAGUGAACAUAUGGAAACAGGCCAUUUUCCUUUUUAAAACCCAUCAUGGUACAUUACGUGACUGUUGUGAAGCAUUUUAACAGUUCAUGUCUGUAAAAUCAAAUGUAAGUUUGGUGUAAGUGAGAAAGUUCAUUAAAACAUGAAACGGUCAGUUUAAUAAGAGAGUCCAAUUCUGGUAGCUCUGCACUAAAAUUGGAUACAAGCUGCCGGCAGUCUGUCCCAGCGAUUGCUGCAGCUGCACUUUUAAUGAAAGCUCUGCUCAGAGCAGCAGCUUAUGGACGUUUUGUAUUGUACGUUAUGGAGAUUCCUCCAUGAAAAUGGGAAUAUUAAAUCUUUCAAAUUUAGGAUAUUCACAACAGCCAGAAAAUGUUUAUAGUGUCCUGCUAGGUUUCCUUUUUAAGCAUGAUGUUAAUUUGCUUGUAAAAGAUGCAGUAAAUGAUGUUAACUUUAAAAAGGGUAAAUGUUAUUUUACAAGAGGAUACAAAAUUUUAUACAUUUUAAAACAUUUUCUAUCAAUUGAAGUUGGUCUGCUUUGGAUCUCUGUUGUAUUAAUUUUAGGAUACAGCCAUCAUUUACAUUAAUUAUUUGCACUAUGCCAAACCAGUAUUUUAUAGUGUAUGUGCAUGGGAAUUUGAAUUUGAUGGACUUGGUGCAUCUGCUGUGCAGAAAUGUUUUUUUGUGAAUCAUUUUGACAAAAAAAAAAAACCCUUUAAAAUGUAUUCUAUUUUAAAUAUUUUAACAUUAUCUUCUAAUAUUAAUGGAAAACCAAUGAAAUAAAAAAAUCCACCAACCUAA